CGGUUUCUCUUUUCUUUGUAUUCUUAUUUUUUUGAAGCUACGCACGCGAUGGACGACCUUUAUGAUGAGUUCGGAAAUUUCAUCGGGGAGGCUGUCGAUUCAGAUGAGGGAGAACAAAGAGGCGAUAGCGGCGCGGAUGCCUACGUUGACUACGAAGAGGAGGAGGCAUCAGCUGCUGGCGAAGAUGCGCAGCAAUUUAUGGAGCUUGAUGAUGAGGGUCCUUCCAACGCGGUUGUGCUUCAUGAAGAUAAACAAUACUACCCGACAGCAGAACAGACCUACGGGGCGGGUGUAGAGACCCUAGUACAGGAGGAGGACGCGCAGCCAUUGUCGGAGCCUAUCAUAGCUCCUAUUAAGGUUAAGAAGUUUACUGUUGAGGAGGCUGAUCUUCCAAAGACUCAUUUCUCAAGAGAGUUUAUGAUGGAUUUAAUGGGUUUCCCGGAUCAAACUAGAAAUGUUGCCUUGGUUGGGCAUCUGCAUCAUGGAAAGACUGCGUUUAUGGACAUGCUGGUUGUGGAGACUCAUGACCUAGAAGGGAAUACGGAGGGAAAGAAAGGGGAACAACUUCGAUACACAGAUACCCAUGUCGUCGAACGUGAACGAGGUGUUUCUAUUAAAUCCUCCCCUAUGUCCCUCGUGCUACAGUCCUCGAAGGGCAAGUCCCACCUGGUCAACAUUAUUGACACCCCCGGCCACGUUAACUUUGUGGAUGAGGUGGCUUGUUCUAUGCGGGUCGCCGACGGCAUCGUGCUUGUUGUGGAUGUUGUUGAAGGUGUAAUGGUCAACACUGAACAGAUAAUCAAAUAUGCUGUCAAUGAGAGUAUUCCGAUGACUUUGGUUUUGAACAAGGUCGACCGUCUGAUACUGGAGCUUAAACUCCCGCCCACUGAUGCAUAUUUUAAGUUGAAGCACACGAUCGAGGAGAUAAAUACGGUCAUUGAAAAUGCGGCGCCUGGAAGGGGUGAAGGCAUGAGGCUUUCGCCUGAGAGGGGAAAUAUCUGUUUUGCUUGUGCAACCAUGGGAUGGUGCUUUUCGUUGGCUAGUUUUGCCAAGAUGUAUGCCAAUACUUACUCUGGAAUUGACAUUGCGGAGUUUGCAAAAAGACUGUGGGGCAAUAUCUUCUAUAACCCUGGCACUAGGAAGUUUACUCGAAAAUCUAUGGAAGCGAAAUCAAGAAGGUCUUUUGUUCAUUUCGUCCUUGAGCCCCUUUACAAGCUUUAUUCCCAUACGAUUGGAGAAAGUACGGGCAGUCUGAAAGCUACGCUUGCCGGUCUUGGAAUAUCCCUUAAACCCGCGCAGUAUAAGAUGGAUGCUAAGGUCCUUCUAAAGCUGGUCUGUGGGCAGUUUUUUGGCACAGCUACUGGCUUUGUUGACAUGAUUGUGGAGCAUGUUCCUUCCGCUUUGGAUGGUGCAAAGGCCAAGGUUGAGAAUACUUACACAGGGCCGCUAGACACAAAACUCGCCGAGUCCAUGCAGGCGUGUGAUCCCGAAGGCUCAUUGGCCAUCCAAAUAACAAAGUUAUACCAUACCAGCAAUGCCUCGGAUUUCCUGUCUUUCGGUAGGGUUAUGAGCGGAACUGUGAAACCUGGUAUGCAAGUGCGUGUUCUGGGCGAAGGAUAUACCCUUGAUGAUGAGGAAGACAUGGUUGCAGCCACUAUAUCGGAUUGUUGGAUAGCCGAAACCAGAUACAAGGUACCCACUAGCGGGGUACCAGCUGGAUGUUGGGUGCUCUUAGGGGGGAUCGAGAAUUCGAUCGUGAAGUCGGCCACCAUAGUUGCGCACAAGAUGGACGAUGAUGCUUAUGUUUUCCGACCCAUAAAACACUUUACCGAAUCGGUGUUCAAGGUUGCUGUCGAGCCAGUAAAUCCAUCAGAACUGCCAAAGAUGCUUGAUGGCCUUCGGAAGAUUAACAAGAGUUAUCCUCUUAUCUCGACCAAGGUCGAAGAAUCCGGUGAGCACGUGAUCUUGGGUACCGGAGAGCUAUAUAUAGACUGCGUUCUUCACGAUCUCCGACGGAUUUUCUCCGAAAUGGAACUUAAGGUCUCUGACCCGGUUACGCGUUUUUGCGAGACUGUUGUGGAGACAUCGGCCAUUAAGUGUUAUGCGCAGACACCUAAUAAGAAAAACAAGAUUACGAUGGUCGCAGAACCGCUGGAUUCGGGGAUCUCGGAGGAUAUAGAAAGCGGAAAGGUCAGUAUCAAGUGGCCAAUCCGGAAAGUUGGAAAAUUCUUCGAGGAAAAUUACGGAUGGGAUUUAUUGGCAAGUCGCAGUGUGUGGGCCUUCGGGCCUGAUGAGAGGGGGCCGAAUAUCCUACAAAACGACACUUUACCAAGUGAGGUGGACAAGAAGCUACUGAACCACACCCGGGAUAGCAUCCGGCAAGGUUUCUCUUGGGGUACUCGGGAAGGCCCUCUAUGUGAAGAACCUAUCCGAAAUACGAAGUUCAAGAUCAUGGAUGCUACGCUUGCCUCGGAAGCCAUCUAUCGCGGAGGUGGUCAGAUUAUUCCGACUGCGCGGAGGGCUUGCUACUCGUCGUUUUUGAUGGCGUCUCCUCGGCUUAUGGAGCCCAUGUACUCUUGCUCUAUGACUGGGCCCGCAGAUUCAGUUUCCGCGCUUUAUACCGUUCUCGCAAAGCGAAGAGGGCAUGUGCUAUCCGAUGGCCCCAUUGCUGGAACGCCAUUGUACCUCGUAAAGGGCUUAAUCCCAGUCAUCGAUUCCUUCGGGUUCGAAACUGAUGUUAGGAUUCACACGCAAGGAAUGGCCUUCUGCUCCCUCGUCUUCGAUAGGUGGAACAUCGUGCCCGGCGACCCCCUCGACAAAGAAGUGAAACUCCGACCGUUGGAACCCGCCUCCGCGCAGGCCAUGGCACGAGACCUCAUCCUCAAGACCCGUAGGAGAAAGGGGUUGAGCGAGGAUGUCACCAUCGCCAAAUUCCUGGAGCCCGAGUUGCAUGCUAUGAUUGAGAGCUCGGGGCUACUUGAUGGUUAGACUGUUGUGAAUGAGUCUUGGAGCGCAUGGGGGGCGGAUAGUGUAAAAUAAGCGUGUGUCGGCGCAUUUAUUAUGAAAAAAAUGGAAUAUUCUUUAUAGUAGUGUUGGUAUAAAA